CUCACAUGCAUCCAUCCCUAAAGUAGCACUCUAUCCCCCAGAUCCUUCAGCUCUUGGUCCCCUCAAUUCUUUGCGCGACCCCCUUUCGGCUGCCUCUCUCUCUGUCUCUGUCUCUCGCUCUAUCUCUUCCCUCCCUCUUCAUACUCUAUUCUUCUUUACUUCUCCAACUGCGUUGAUCGCAUUUGACACUUCUCUUCUCCAGCUCAGCGCAUCUUUCCUCACUAUCGCCAAUCGCCGUUUUCACAUUGCACGUGUCGCAAUCAAACAUGGCCAAACAACCUUCAGCUCUCAGCCAGGUCCUUCCUCUCAUCAUCGUCUUCGCUCUGCUCAGCGUAGGCGGCUGGAUCGGCUACCAAGUCUACAUCAGCGUCGCCAAGAUGUCCGAUGCUGCGUCCGAGCGCAUGGGCAAGAAGAACGUCGUUUUCACAAAGGAUGGUGUAAAGGUCGGCGUUAAACAAAUCAAGAACGAAAACUAUGUCGAUGCGACGCAAAGCUGGUUCGUCAAGGCGUGGAAUCUAGGCACCACACCAGAUGCUAGUAAGAGCAAGAAACAAAAAUGAAACUCGAUCGCCACUCCGUCACGAAUUUUCUGUCUCAAUUCGAAUAUGCUAGGGGUAUGGGUAGCACGCACGUACGCACGCAGACACCCAUAUGACUAUUCAACGAAUCUCUUCACUGGGACAGUUUCUUUAAACUUGAUUCAUACUACACCCUACAUCCCAUCGCAAGUUUGCUCUAUAAUACAACAGAUUGCACUUGGAAAAGUUCCUGUGAUCGUAACCUUCCCUACCAUGAAACCCCAUUAAACUACUUGUGGAUAUCCACUCGUCUAAUACGUACAUCCAAAAUGGCACCAGCCAAACCCCUACACUUUCGUUUCGAGUAUCGGAUCUGCAAUUGCACAAUCGAGUUUAGAUCAAACAAAUUCAUGGUAAUCUUUGAAUGCCUGGUACCAAUUCAACAAUGGCACAGUGCCAACUUAUAGACUAAAAGUCGACCAAGGUUAUUCAGGACCAGCCAUCCUCUAUUUUAUAGAUUAUCCAGAACCUUUGUAACGUUUAUAUAGCAUAUUUGGAGAUGAGAUGUUUUCCAAAUCCUUCAAGAUUAUAUCCCUGAUAUCCCAUAAUUAGCUCUGAAAUUGAAGCAGGCCGUCGGCUACCCUCUCGGUAUUUGGUAAAGACCCCCUGGCUUUGCUCAGCAGCUCGGUUUUCUGUUUCUCGGCUCUCUCCUUCUGCAUAGCUUCAUGCUGUUGUAUUGGGUUCAGAGAAUACCCUGCCAUAGCUGGUGCUGUCUUGGACGAUAAGAGCUUUUCAAAAUUGUAGGAGGCAGGGUAUGGGCUAGCCAUCAAGCCAUCCCUGCGGAUGAGCAUGGACGGAACACGAACAUUGAGCUGUGGAGAAGUGUCAGUCGACCCUGAAGUUGAUACCAGAAAAAGAAACAAAUGUGGGGAUAGAUAAAUGCUGAAAAGGGGAAAGAAGAUGAAAAAAGGAGAAAAAGAAAAGAAAUGCCAAGCGGAGGCAGAUAGCUCCAGGGACUUAGAGAGGAUACUCACUUGUUUAAGCACAUUGGCGUACCUAACACCAAGAUGAUUGCCAAUAAACUCAAGUCGGCCU